CAGGACGGAGCAUGUGAUUUGGGAUGUAUGCAUGAUCAAAUAUGGACAUUGUGGGCGUGGUUUGUGCUUCUGUUGACGGUAUAUAAGGGCCCGUACAGCACAACAUUCUUCCUAACAUGAAGUACAAAAGACCGAAUAUACACAAUGUCCAACAAUUAUGGGACGCAACAACGGGGUCACAAGAGACCAUUAAUGCUCCUAGUGUUGCUAACACUAGGGGCAUUCUCAGAUGGAACAGAAGUUAUAGUAAUGAAGAUAGAACACAUAGUCAGUUGGCCUGCCUCCUGGAAACACUCAUCUUGGCGAGUCAUGAGAGAGAGGGAAAGGGAGUUCAUCACAGGUCUGAAAUUAAAGAAAAGCUUUCAUUUGAUCCGUUCCUUACCACGAGCGGAAAAUGCGAGUUAUAUUUGGCACGAACGUUUCCAGGAACCAUAGUGUUAGGAUUAGUUUGUAUGCAUAGAAAUUAUGGAAGGAAGCUAUGUAUAAUUCAUGAGGUACAGAUACGUGGGUUGUCACCACACAGUUACAACGUGAAAUGGAUUACUAAGAACAUCCAGAGCUGUUUAAAUAGUCAGAUGUGUAAAUUGAUUCCAAAGAAUGGUACGCAGUGUAAAAUGAGAAAUAUUUACCAUCAUAAAAUAAGACAAAAACUUAACUGUUUAAAAAACAGGUUAUCAAAUAAUAAGAUUACCACUUACAAACGCCACUUUACACAAAUGUGUAUAACUAUACCUAUCACAUUACAGAAAAGGGCUUUAGUGGACGAGGUGAAAGCAAAUGUGGAGAACACGUUUCCAUUAUCUUUAAAAUACAAAGAUCAAAAUACAAAUUCAAUAUUGGACCCUAUGAAGGACUGCAAGAAUCCUAAACGUACACGUUACAAAGAACCUAACAAGAUUCGUAAUAACAAUGUUAUAAUAGUAUGUGAAGAAAAUGACCUGGAUUCGGAUGAGAUUGCUAGUUUAAAAUUGAACCUUAAGAGAAUGAAUGCCUUUGCAGUUUUGGAUAUUCACGAAGGUAUCGUCGAUGGAAAGUCUGAAGUAGCUGACUUCGUGGACUUUCUAACUAAAUCCUAUAAACCAGUCACUGUAAUAGUUUACCUAACAUCGGCAAUGUCUACACAUGUAAUGUGGCAUAUUAACACAGUGAUUUCAUCCUGCCUGUAUGGUCAAAUUCCGAUAACGUUACUAACAUAUGCCCAACCUCGCCUUGGUCGACUAAAUAUACCAAACUGUUUAUUGCCUUUUCCCAUAUUGACAAAACAAAUGCAAAUAGACAAUGACAAGCUCACAUUACUUCCAGAAAAUAAGCACAUCCUUGUACAUCCUCGGAAUGCAAUGCAUAAUGUUAAUUAUGAAAAAUUCGAUAAAGUGGGCAAAAUUCAAGAAAGAUACAACACAUGUUGUUCAUCGACAUUCAUAUACAGUCUUCAGGCAGACAAAAUACCCUGCAGGAAGAGAGACAUGAGAGCGUUUAUCUCACAAAUACACUUGAGACACAAUUUAGCAAACAAGCAAAUCCAUUUUAUCACAGAUUUUGACGAUGAUAUUUUUGACGUUACAAGAGGUUUAUUGAAAACAUUUCCUGACAUAGAUACAACCAUUAACGACGAUGGCAUCCCAGCAGGGAAGUUACUAUAUAUAGAAUAUGCAGCAGAACUAUCCAAAGAUAAACUAUUCAUCAUAGCGUUGUCUGGAGCCCCGUUGAACCAAGAUUUGAUAUAUGCAUGUGAUCUACUAUUUGGGAUAAAUGGAAGGAAUUAUCAGGAUUACUUACAAGAAAACCCUGACCUGAAUUCUGAGUGGGUACUACCACCCCCGGAAUCUGUCAGGUAACAUUAGCGAUAUGCAAGCUUUCGGCACGUUUGUUAUGGUACGUUAUAGUAUCGGAAUAUGGAAAAAAUAAUGAAGGAGACGGAGUAUGUAAGAAAUAAUGAUGGAGAAGGAGUAUAUAAGAAAUAAUGAUGGAGAAGGAGUAUAUGGGAAAUAAUGAUGGAGAUGGAGUAUAUAAGAAAUAAUGAUGGAGAAGGAGUAUAUAGGAAAUAAAGAUGGAGAAGGAGUAUAUAGGAAAUAAUGAUGGAGAAGGAGUAUAUAGGAAAUAAUGAUGGAGAUGGAGUAUGUAGGAAAUAAUGAUGGAGAUGGAGUAUGUAGGAAAUAAUGAUGGAGACGGAGUAUGUAGGAAAUAAUGAUGGAGAAGGAGUAUAUGGGAAAUAAUGAUGGAGAUGGAGUAUGUAGGAAAUAAUGAUGGAGAUGGAGUAUGUAGGAAAUAAUGAUGGAGAAGGAGUAUAUAGGAAAUAAUGAUGGAGAUGGAGUAUGUAGGAAAUAAUGAUGGAGAUGGAGUAUGUAGGAAAUAAUGAUGGAGAAGGAGUAUAUGGGAAAUAAUGAUGGAGAAGGAGUAUAUGGGAAAUAAUGAUGGAGAAGGAGUAUAUAGGAAAUAAUGAUGGAGAUGGAGUAUGUAGGAAAUAAUGAUGGAGAAGGAGUAUAUAGGAAAUAAUGAUGGAGAAGGAGUAUAUGGGAAAUAAUGAUGGAGAAGGAGUAUAUAGGAAAUAAUGAUGGAGAUGGAGUAUGUAGGAAAUAAUGAUGGAGAAGGAGUAUAUAGGAAAUAAUGAUGGAGAUGGAGUAUGUAGGAAAUAAUGAUGGAGAAGGAGUAUAUGGGAAAUAAUGAUGGAGAAGGAGUAUAUAGGAAAUAAUGAUGGAGAUGGAGUAUGUAGGAAAUAAUGAUGGAGAAGGAGUAUAUAGGAAAUAAUGAUGGAGAUGGAGUAUGUAGGAAAUAAUGAUGGAGAUGGAGUAUGUAGGAAAUAAUGAUGGAGAUUGAGUAUAUAAGAAAUAAUGAUGGAGAAGGAGUAUGUAGGAAAUAAUGAUGGAGAUGGAGUAUGUAGGAAAUAAUGAUGGAGAAGGAGUAUAUGGGAAAUAAUGAUGGAGAAGGAGUAUAUGGGAAAUAAUGAUGGAGAUGGAGUAUGUAGGAAAUAAUGAUGGAGAAGGAGUAUGUAGGAAAUAAUGAUGGAGAUGGAGUAUGUAGGAAAUAAUGAUGGAGAUUGAGUAUAUAAGAAAUAAUGAAGGAGACGGAGUAUGUAAGAAAUAAUGAUGGAGACGUGUUUCGUAUAACCUGUAUAAAUCUUUCGAAGUGGUAUUUGGCUCAUAAAAACUUUGCUUAUGAGCUAAAGCCACACUAUAUAUAACUAUUGAUUUACCAGUUUUACUGAUUAUGAAUUUUACCGAUAGGCUACCGAUUAAGUUUAAAACCUACCUGUUAACGUAAGAGGACAUUUUUAGCAAAUAUAAAUAAAUGGUAUCUCUACCGUUCAACCAACUCAUGAGUAAUGUAUGGUUGUCACCAUGUUUACAUUUUCUUAAAACAAAUUCAUAGAUAGGACAGAUCUAAACUUUAUAAAUAUCUCAUGUCCUCGGUCAUGUAUCAAACUGAAAAUAUUAUAGCUGCAUAUGAAAUUGGAUAUACAGUUAAUGUGCUCUCAUAUAUAAUUGAAACAAAGCAAAUUUAUCAAUCCUCAAAAUACAAAAAGUAUAAAAUGAGAAGAAAAAACAACACAAAAAAAAGCGCAAAAGGAACUAUAAAAAGACAAUAAAAAAGGAAAACUAUGAAACAAAAACAAAACAAAAAAAUCGGAAGAUGUGAAAAUGAGCCAACAAACAAAGGAACCAAGUGGUGCCUUGCUAUGAAUGUUUUAAGUGGAAAUUGUGAAAUCGAUGUAUAUUUUAUUUUCAGUGAUUUUUUAAAGUCGUUAUAUUAUGCAAAGAAGAUUUAAUUUAUCGCGACAUCUUUUAACAUCAAUUUGUGGUGUAUCUGUUAUCGUAAACCACCUCCAAACGAUUUAUCCAAAAAUAAUAAUUUUUUUAAUCGUUUUGAGAAUGUCAUGUUCAAGUCUACAUGAUAAAUGAGUAAAACAAUCUCGUUAAUACAUAUGAACUGUAAAUACAAUAAUAAGUAUAUAGUUAUACAUAUUUUUAAAAAAGACCAAACAAUUCAAACCUGACUCAUAAAACAAAAACUAUGAAACAAAAAAUAUACAUAUAAAUUUGUAAUGCUCGAAAUUUAGAAAAAGAAGAGCAAAGUGUAAUAUAUUUGGUGAACACAUAUUUAAGGAAAAUACUCCGAUACUUCUAUCGGACUUUUGUCAAAUUAGAAGCGAUAAUGCCGUGUAUCCCUUGCAGUUUAAUAUGUCUUGUUAAGGGACGACCAUUUGAUAUUUUGGGAGUAGGGGCGGAGCUGGGUUUUUUUUAUCGACAUUAUAUAUUUUUUCAGCUACAUCUACAAAACUAAAAAACAAGUAUUUAAAACUAUGAGCCUGAUUUUUCAAAAGGAAAACACCUUGCAACAAUGUAAUAUUUGUGGCAGGUACUUUCUUUCUUUUCAACAAUUUGAAGCAUUUAUUAAAUAAAUAUUUUUCUCAAGAAUUUUCGGGAACAAUUCAAUUUUAUCAGCUCCACCCCCACGUAGAUUUGUAAUCCCACAUUAAGAUGAGAUCAACUCUUCUAGAUAUCACAGUGUUUCAUCACAGGGUGCGAGUACCAAGUGCUGUGUCCACCCAUGAACAUGGAAACAUUGUGUAGCAAUGUUAAACUAUGACAUCGGUAUGUGACGCGUUGUCUAUGACAUGUCAUACUCCAAGUGUAGCAGGACAUGCCAUACAGUUGGCAUCCAUGUUUGAUGUUUUGUUUAUUCCAUAGCGUGUCGAAAUGAUGUCAUGACAUUGUUAACAAAUGACAUAAAAAUACAGUGUUUGUCCAUGACAUCGAUAUAUGGUGUUUGUCCAUUCUAUAACAUGUCAACAUGUAUGACAACAUUGUUAACAAAUGACAUCGAUAUAUGGUGUUUGUCCAUUCUAUAAUAUGUCAACAUGUAUGACAACAUUGUUAACAAAUGACAUCGAUAUAUGGUGUUUGUCCAUUCUAUAACACGUCAAAAUGUAUGACAACAUUGUUAACAAAUGACAUCGAUAUAUGAUGUUUGUCCAUUCUAUAACAUGUCAAAGAGUAUGACAACAUUGUUAACAAAUGACAUCGAUAUAUGAUGUUUGUCCAUUCUAUAACAUGUCAACAUGUAUGACAACAUUGUUAACAAAUGACAUCGAUAUAUGGUGUUUGUCCAUUCUAUAACAUGUCAAAGAGUAUGACAACAUUGUUAACAAAUGACAUCGAUAUAUGAUGUUUGUCCAUUCUAUAACAUGUCAACAUGUAUGACAACAUUGUUAACAAAUGACAUCGAUAUAUGGUGUUUGUCCAUUCUAUAACAUGUCAACAUGUAUGACAACAUUGUUAACAAAUGACAUCGAUAUAUGGUGUUUGUCCAUUCUAUAACACGUCAACAUGUAUGACAACAUUGUUAACAAAUGACAUCGAUAUAUGAUGUUUGUCCAUUCUAUAACAUGUCAACAUGUAUGACAACAUUGUUAACACAUGACAUCGAUAUAUGGUGUUUGUCCAUUCUAUAACAUGUCAAAGAGUAUGACAACAUUGUUAACAAAUGACAUCGAUAUAUGAUGUUUGUCCAUUCUAUAACAUGUCAACAUGUAUGACAACAUUGUUAACAAAUGACAUCGAUAUAUGGUGUUUGUCCAUUCUAUAACAUGUCAACAUGUAUGACAACAUUGUUAACAAAUGACAUCGAUAUAUGAUGUUUGUCCAUUCUAUAACAUGUCAACAUGUAUGACAACAUUGUUAACACAUGACAUCGAUAUAUGGUGUUUGUCCAUUCUAUAACAUGUCAAAGAGUAUGACAACAUUGUUAACAAAUGACAUCGAUAUAUGAUGUUUGUCCAUUCUAUAACAUGUCAACAUGUAUGACAACAUUGUUAACAAAUGACAUCGAUAUAUGGUGUUUGUCCAUUCUAUAACAUGUCAAAGAGUAUGACAACAUUGUUAACAAAUGACAUCGAUAUAUGGUGUUUGUCCAUUCUAUAACAUGUCAACAUGUAUGACAACAUUGUUAACAAAUGAAAUCGAUAUAUGGUGUUUGUCCAUUCUAUAACAUGUCAACAUGUAUGACAACAUUGUUAACAAAUGACAUCGAUAUAUGGUGUUUGUCCAUUCUAUAACAUGUCAACAUGUAUGACAACAUUGUUAACAAAUGACAUCGAUAUAUGGUGUUUGUCCAUUCUAUAAAAUGUCAACAUGUAUGACAACAUUGUUAACAAAUGACAUCGAUAUAUGGUGUUUGUCCAUUCUAUAACAUGUCAACAUGUAUGACAACAUUGUUAACAAAUGACAUCGAUAUAUGGUGUUUGUCCAUUCUAUAACAUGUCAACAUGUAUGACAACAUUGUUAACAAAUGACAUCGAUAUAUGGUGUUCGUCCUUUCUAUAACAUGUCAACAUGUAUGACAACAUUGUUAACAAAUGACAUCGAUAUAUGGUGUUUGUCCAUUCUAUAACAUGUCAACAUGUAUGACAACAUUGUUAACAAAUGACAUCGAUAUAUGAUGUUUGUCCAUUCUAUAACAUGUCAACAUGUAUGACAACAUUGUUAACACAUGACAUCGAUAUAUGGUGUUUGUCCAUUCUAUAACAUGUCAAAGAGUAUGACAACAUUGUUAACAAAUGACAUCGAUAUAUGAUGUUUGUCCAUUCUAUAACAUGUCAACAUGUAUGACAACAUUGUUAACAAAUGACAUCGAUAUAUGGUGUUUGUCCAUUCUAUAACAUGUCAAAGAGUAUGACAACAUUGUUAACAAAUGACAUCGAUAUAUGGUGUUUGUCCAUUCUAUAACAUGUCAACAUGUAUGACAACAUUGUUAACAAAUGACAUCGAUAUAUGGUGUUUGUCCAUUCUAUAACAUGUCAACAUGUAUGACAACAUUGUUAACAAAUGACAUCGAUAUAUGGUGUUUGUCCAUUCUAUAACAUGUCAACAUGUAUGACAACAUUGUUAACAAAUGACAUCGAUAUAUGGUGUUUGUCCAUUCUAUAAAAUGUCAAAGAGUAUGACAACAUUGUUAACAAAUGACAUCGAUAUAUGGUGUUUGUCCAUUCUAUAACAUGUCAACAUGUAUGACAACAUUGUUAACAAAUGAAAUCGAUAUAUGGUGUUUGUCCAUUCUAUAACAUGUCAACAUGUAUGACAACAUUGUUAACAAAUGACAUCGAUAUAUGGUGUUUGUCCAUUCUAUAACAUGUCAACAUGUAUGACAACAUUGUUAACAAAUGAAAUCGAUAUAUGGUGUUUGUCCAUUCUAUAACAUGUCAACAUGUAUGACAACAUUGUUAACAAAUGAAAUCGAUAUAUGGUGUUUGUCCAUUCUAUAACAUGUCAACAUGUAUGACAACAUUGUUAACAAAUGACAUCGAUAUAUGGUGUUUGUCCAUUCUAUAACAUGUCAACAUGUAUGACAACAUUGUUAACAAAUGACAUCGAUAUAUGGUGUUUGUCCAUUCUAUAACAUGUCAAAGAGUAUGACAACAUUGUUAACAAAUGACAUCGAUAUAUGGUGUUUGUCCAUUCUAUAACAUGUCAACAUGUAUGACAACAUUGUUAACAAAUGAAAUCGAUAUAUGGUGUUUGUCCAUUCUAUAACAUGUCAACAUGUAUGACAACAUUGUUAACAAAUGACAUCGAUAUAUGGUGUUUGUCCAUUCUAUAACAUGUCAACAUGUAUGACAACAUUGUUAACAAAUGACAUCGAUAUAUGGUGUUUGUCCAUUCUAUAAAAUGUCAACAUGUAUGACAACAUUGUUAACAAAUGACAUCGAUAUAUGGUGUUUGUCCAUUCUAUAACAUGUCAACAUGUAUGACAACAUUGUUAACAAAUGACAUCGAUAUAUGGUGUUUGUCCAUUCUAUAACAUGUCAACAUGUAUGACAACAUUGUUAACAAAUGACAUCGAUAUAUGGUGUUCGUCCUUUCUAUAACAUGUCAACAUGUAUGACAACAUUGUUAACAAAUGACAUCGAUAUAUGGUGUUUGUCCAUUCUAUAACAUGUCAACAUGUAUGACAACAUUGUUAACAAAUGACAUCGAUAUAUGGUGUUUGUCCAUUCUAUAACAUGUCAAAGAGUAUGACAACAUUGUUAACAAAUGACAUCGAUAUAUGAUGUUUGUCCAUUCUAUAACAUGUCAAAGAGUAUGACAACAUUGUUAACAAAUGACAUCGAUAUAUGUAUGUUAGGUCCAUGUUUACAGGAUGGUACAUGUGCCUGGAAGAGAAACCGAUAAUACAAAACCUUCAAACAGAAA